AUGCCAUUUAAUAAACGGACAGUUGAACCAAUUAAUUUAAGUCAAGUUAAUGUACCAAAAGACAUUCCAAAUGAACUUGAAUGUGUGUCUAAUCAUACUUUAGCGAAUAUAAUUCGACAAUUAAGCUCAUUGAGUGCUCAUGCACAAGAUUUAUUUGAUGAAUUAAUUACCGAUGCUGGGCAUAUAUUUCAACGUACAGAAGCUUUACAUGGACGAAUUGAAAGGCUCAAAAAUAAAGUAACACAAUUAGAUUCAAAUAUUGAAGAAGUGACUAUUGAAGAUGUAAAUAAUCGAAAACCAUUUGUCAGUGUAACUCGUAUUGAUCAACAAAUAGUCAACCGUGCUACUAUGCCACAAUCACUUCGUUUGCUCUAUGAACAAGCGGAACCGGCACCAGCUCUUCAUCUAUUGAAUCCUUAUCGUGAUGAUGGUCGAGAUUCGAUGAAAUUUUAUACUGAUCCAUCAUUCUUUUUUAAUUUAUGGAUGCAAUCAAUGAUCCAAUUUCCACAGAAUAAUCAUGGACAUCGAUCCGGAAAACACGAUCGACAUCGAUCACCGAAAGGAUCAAAACUACACCAUCAAGAAUCAAUUUAUGCUUCAAAUCCUACAUCAUCAUCUCAAGCUCGUCUUAUUCGACAAUCAGCUGAAGAACAGCAAUAUCGUAGUCCUCAAGAGCUUAUGCAACAUCGUGGGGACUAUGAAUCACUCGCUCGUACUAAUAUUCGGUCACAACAACCGGUUAAUUCAUCACCCAAUCAUCGUCUUCUUCUACAAUAUCCAAACAAUAAUAAUAACCAACAACAACAACAACAUUCCGAUUUAGUACAAUAUGGCAGUCCAGCAUUUUCAACAGCUUCAUCAUAUCGUGAACAGCAAUCAAUGACAAUGAAUUUUAGUACUGGAGCUACACCAAAAUCACCAUUAAAUGGAUUUAAUAUCGAACCGUCACCAAGACUAAAUAUUCAUUCACCUCUGAUUACUCGUCAAGCACCACCACCGCCGCCACCACCUCCACCUCCACCAUUAUUACCGCAGUUCGAACCAAAUUAUACUUCUACACACUAUGCUCCAAUGAAACAAACAAUUGCUAGACCAUCAGCUAGUCCGCCGCCACCACCACCUCCGCCUCCACCCGUAGCCCCACCUUUACAACCAUACAUGGGUAUGCCAACAUUGGCGACUAUAUCCGAAAUUGAUAAUUUACCUCCACCACCAGCUGACUUCAUUGAACAAUUACCACCUUCAUAUCCUCCUCCACCACCUCCACCUCCAAUGCCAACAAACAUUCCACCUGCACCACCUUUACCAAAUUCAACCAUCCAGGCGCUUGUCGUGCGAUCUUCAGCAGGAAGUACGCCAACAACAAAAACCAAUUCAAAUAGUAAUACGAGAUCAUUAUCUCAACGUGAUGAUGUUUCUGUUACAUCAGAAAAUUCAAUUCCAGAUCAAAGACCAUUAAUCAUGCGUGAUCUUCAUUCUGAUUUAUUGGAAGAAAUUAAAAAAGGUAUUCAAUUGAAUAAUCGUAAACGAGAAGAAGAGAAGAAAGCUGCUGCUGUAACAACCAAAACAAGUGCACUUAAUGUUAUGGCCAUUAUGGAACAAGCAGCUAAAUAUCGUCGAGAUAAGAUUCGUCCACAAUCAGAAUCUGAGAAUGAUGAUGAAUCUUCACGAUGGGAUGAUAGUGACUGA